CGCUUGUGUGUCGAAAUAUCUUUGCUUUGAUAUCCCUUGACCUGGGAUGAUUUUCAAUUUCGCUUCGACGCAAAGAGCCUGAUUCACACCGCGGGGACGCCGCCGAUAUCUAUAUCUUCCACGCUCUUCACGACUUUCGACGAACCACGACGACGGCAUGGCCGAUAGCGCGAGCUCACCGCCUAAGACAGGCUUUCUGCAGAUACCGCAGACGCUGUCGCGACCACACUCUGAUCUUGAGUUCGACUCCGGAGUCAAUACGUCGGCCGCUUGGACCGUCUCCCUCGCGAGCCCUGAGGGUGGUGCACGGUUGAGCUUGAACAGCCUGUCAAGCACCGGUAUCGACACCGGAAGAGGCGUGGCUAUCGCAGAAGAAGAGGAACCGCUUUCAGUUCCGGCCCAUGAACAGGAUCAAGAUGGCGCAGAAAGCGUCGCGGGAGACGACGCGUUUGACGACGAAGAGGGACGCCCCGCGCGUGCGCUCUACGGAUUCCAGGGCAAGGCGGAGUUCAGGGAGAUUACAUCCGUGGAGGCAGGCGAUGAACUCGAGAUCAUGCGCGAGGACGUCGGCGAGGGCUGGAGCCUCGCUCGGCUCGCGCAGGGGUCGCGAGAGGGAGAACAGGGUAGCGAGAUGGGGCUCAUCCCGCGCUCGUACUACAUUUUCACAGCGGAGUUCGCGCAGACAGAGGGUCUGCUCGUGCCGGCUACCCAUUCGCGCAUGCGGAGUCGCAGAGAGGCCUCAGGCGGCUCUAUCACCCCGCGAGGUUCCCCGACGCGGGCUCCUGUAGCUUUGCCGAUUGUCCCGCAAACCACGGGGGAAUGGUUCCCGAGUUUCCGGCGUAGCCUUUUGGGCGGCAAGAGCCUGAACAGGUUCUCAAGUUUCGUAACGAGCGGUGCGGAGGAGUUCGUCCUUCAAGGCAGCUCGGAGGACACAACUACAAAAGAACCGGCUCCCGUCCACCGACACGAAAGGAGCGUCAGCGACGAUGACUCUAGGCGGGAGAGCGUCCUUGGCCAUAUGGCCGAAGCAGAGCGACAUUUUGUCGAGGCUGGGCCGUCAUGGAAGACUAAAGUGCCGCCGUUCCGUGUUCUCAUUCACUCACCGUCGAAGCGGACGUCUACUCUCUCGGGCGCAUUUACCGUGUACACAGUAACAACCGCCUUUGACGCACUCUCGCACUCGCGGACCGCGUCAGAUCCGGACAACGAGGACGAAGACGAAGAUCAACCGCCCUCGCCCAUGCGGAUCACGGUGCACCGACGGUUCUCGCAUUUUGUUGCGCUGCACACAGCGCUCACGAGGCUAUUGCCUGGUAUCGCUCUGCCUCCGCUUCCCGAAAAGCAGUAUGCGGGUCGAUUCAGCGACGACUUCGUCGAGGCGCGGCGAGGAGAUCUCGAGCGGUACAUCAAUCGCGUAGCACGUCAUCCCGUCGCGCGGUACGCCGAGGUGCUCACGUUCUUCCUGGGCUGCGAGAGUGACGCGGAAUGGACAAAGCAGCUGCCAUACUACCUUUCCCUGCCACCGAAGGGUCCCUCUUUCUACGCGAAUGUCUACCACCCGGCGUUCAACGUCGACGCGGACGAGGCGCUGGAGGCGGUCGACCGGUUUGUCAACCACACCCGCGCCGUCGGAAAGGGCGUACAGAGCCUGCGCAACAUCUUCGGCAAGGUGCGCGAGGCGCGCGUCGAGAUGUCGAAGGCGGAGCGGCUCUUAUCCUACACGCUGCAAUCCUUGAUCACCUCGAAGUCGCUCGCUUCGGCGCCUACCACUGGACUCAGUGAAGACGACGAUGAGGAACAAGAGCAUAGCAACACCACGCAGGGCCACCUCAACGAGGAUGGCGCAUGGUGCUGGCGAGAGAACUGCGACAGUUGUCUAAAGCUCACGAAAGCGAUGCAGAAAACGUCGGAGACCCUGCAGAUUGUUGCUGACAUUUACGAUGAUCAUGCACGGAGAACACAGCUCGCCACACACGAGACGCUCAAGAACGUCGCCCAUCCAUCCGCAUUAUAUGCACCAGUUAUUGAUACCCACAAGUCUACCCUGUCAAGAUACCAGGACUCGGUGCGCGAAGGGGCUGAGGACGAAGAGAUGGCAGCGCGGUGUGAGACCGUGCUGAACAUCACCAUGGCGGAGAUGGACACGUACCACGCGCAGAAAGUCGAAGACUUCCAGGAACUCGCCAUAGAACAUCUGGAUGGAGAGAUAGCUGUGUAUGAGCAGAUCUUGACUCGACUGCGGGCCGCACGUCGGACCUUCGAUUCACCGCAGUAUGACGAGCUCGCACGGAGCCCACGGCAGCCAUCGAUAUACGAGCGCGAGUUAGAGCAUCCGCGAGUGAAUCCGCCGCUGCCGCAGCCAUGCCCACAUGUCUUCGACUCAGCACCUAUGCGCCCCGUCAGCGUUGCCAUCCAGGAAGGUGUGGGCAUGCUUCUCGGGGGAGGGGCAACCCCGGCGCGGGGUAGCGUCUUCGGGAAGUUUUGGUAGACGAUGCAGCGAUGACGAACUGUUCAGGGCGUCCGGCCUGCUCCGUGAAAGGUGACAUACGGCUUAGACUCUGUAUAAACCCGAUGCGGUGUCAAUAUACC